AUGGUGGAAAGAAGAAGCUCCAAGAAGACAACCCAAUUGGGUAACAAAGAAGAUCAAAACCCUAGAAAAUUCUACUCUCGAUUCCUCUUCAAAGCCCUGAUCCUCGCCGUGUUCUGCUCCAUCGUACCUGUCUUCCUCUCUCAGACACCAGAGCUCGCAAACCAAACAAGACUCCUCGAGCUUCUCCACCUCAUCUUCGUCGGACUCGCCGUCUCUUACGGCCUCCUCAGUCGUCGAAACUACGACGGAGGCGGCGGAUCAAGCGAUCACGAUCACAACAACACUAAUAAUCCGCAUGUCUACGUUCCUAAGCUUCUUGAAGUAUCAUCCUCUGUUUUCAACGUGGGUCACGAGAGUGAAUCAGAGCCGUCCGAUGAUUCCUCCAGUAAGAUUCAGACGUGGAGGAACAAGUACCAGAUGAAAACUCCCGAGGUUGUUCUUUCCAGAGACAACGAGAGUACUCGGUUCGUCGAUCGAGUUAGCUCAGAGGUGAGAGAAAAGCCUCUGCUUUUGCCUGUUCGUAGCUUGAACUACUCUCGUGUUUCCGAUCACUCCGGCGGCCCGUGGGAGAAACGAUGUGCUUCCUUCUCCGAUCCCAUGGAGGUCCCGAUCAUCAUCAUCAUCAACCGAGACGUCCAUCAAGAAUCUGUCUACGGUUGA